GACACGGCCAGAGCACUGAGAGAUAUCAGGUAUUGCUGUAACUGGGGUGAAUAAGGGAACCUUCUUCCUGAGCACAGACAUUGGAGCCUGUUAUCAGCAUGAACUCAUAUGUGUUAGUACAUUUGUGUCAACACCGGCUCUCAGAACACCUGCAACUCUACCUUCCCCUGCCCUGACCCAGCUCAUGGAACUCCCACAACUACACAUGCCUACCUUGUUCCCAUGUGUGAGGCACCCACAACUUCCCCAUUCAUAUCACAGGAAGCAUCAGAAGGAUACCAUAAACUUCAAAAGUCUUGGACACUAAUGACUAUUCACAAACAUUGGGGAUAUCCCAGCAGAUAUUUAAAGGAGAUGGGGAAUUGGCAGGAACUAUGCAGCAAUAAUUAUGUACAGAGAGUAAUUUAGUCAUCAAAUAAGAGGACAACAUUUAUGCCUUAUCUAGAGAAAUGAUUACCCCAGAGGAUAAACCACACACAUUUACUGAGUUUUCAAAACAUUUAAAAGAAGGGAAAAGUCUUAAUUCUAGCCAAAUAAUUCAUACAAAGGAGAAACCUUUCAAAUGUACAGAGUGUAAGAAAUGCUUUACAUGUAAUUUGCAUCUCAUUGAACACCACACAGUUCACACAGUUGUGAAAACUCACACGUACAGAAUAUGGGAGAUGUUUCACAUCUAAAGGAGGCCUUAGGUAUCACAAAAAGACCCACACAGGGGAGAAACCUUUCACAUGUAAUGAGUGUGGAAAAAGUUUUACACAUUAGAGUAAUCUUAAAAUUCAUGAAAGGAGUCACACAGGAGAAAAACCUUUCACAUGUACAGAUUGCGGAAAAUGUUUUACACAAAUGGAUCAUCUGAAAUGUCAUAAAAUGAUUCACGCAGGAGAAAAGAAGUUCACAUGUACAGAGUGUGGAAAAAGUUUUACACAUAAGAGUAGUCUGAAAACUCAUGAAAGGAGUCACACAGGAGAAAAGCCUUUAACAUGUACAGAGUGUGAAAAAAGUUUUACAAAAAUGGAUCAUCUGAAACGUCAUGAAAGGAUUCACACAGGAGAAAAGCCUUUCACAUGUACAGAGUGUGGAAAAGGAUUUACAACCAAGAGUGAUUUGAAAACUCAUGAAAGGAUUCACACAGGAGAAAAGCCUUUCACAUGUACAGAGUGUGGAAAAGGUUUUACACUUAAGAGUAAUCUGAAAACUCAUGAAAUGAUUCACACCGGAGAAAAGCCUUUCACAUGUACAGAGUGUGGAAAAGGUUUUAAACAAAUAAAUGAUCUAAAAACUCAUGAAAGGAUUCACACAGGAGAAAAGCCUUUUACAUGUACAGAGUGUGGAAAAAGUUUUACACAUAUAAAUAGUCUGAAAACUCAUGAAAGGAGUCACACAGGAGAAAAGCCUUUCACAUGUAAAGAGUGUGGAAAAGGAUUUAGAACCAAUAGUAAUCUGAAAACUCAUGAAAGGAUUCACACAGGAGAAAAACCUUUCACAUGUACAGAGUGUGGAAAAUGUUUUACUGAAAAGAGUAAACUGAAAACUCAUGAAAGGAUUCACACUGGAGAAAACCCUUUCACAUGUACAGAGUGUGGAAAAUGUUUUACACAAAUAAGUAAUCUGAAAACUCAUGAAAGGAGCCACACAGGAAAAAAGCCUUUCACAUGUACAGAGUGUGGAAAAUGUUUUACACAAAUAAGUAAUCUGAAAACUCAUGAAAGGAUUCACACAGGAGAAAAACCUUUCACAUGUACUGAGUGUGGGAAAUGUUUUACACAAAAGAGUCACCUGAAAAGGCAUGAAAUGAGUCACACAGGAGAAAAGCCUUUCACAUGUACUGAGUGCAGCAAAUGUUUUACACAAAUUAGUCAUCUGAAACAUCAUGAAAGGAGUCACACAGGGGAAAAGCCUUUCACAUGUACAGAGUGUGGAAAAAGUUUUACACAAAUGAGUAGUCUGAAAACUCAUGAAAGGAUUCACACAGGGGAAAAGCCUUUCACAUGUACAGAGUGUGGAAAAAGUUUUACACAAAUUAGUCAUCUGAAAUAUCAUCAAAGGAGUCACACAGGGGAAAAGUCUUUCACAUGUACAGAGUGUGGAAUUUUUUUUACACAAAUGAGUAAUCUGAAAACUCAUGAAAGGAUUCACAAGGGAAGAAACCUUUCACAUGUUUAGAAAGUGGAAAAAGGUUUUUAUUGAAAUCAGGUAUCACAAAACACCAAAUAUUUACACACAAAUAAACUUUAUAUACACAGUGUACAAACCUUUUUACAAUUAUCCUAAAGAGGACAAACUCUCUAAAUAGAAACAUCAAAAAGGAUCCUAUUGUAAAUAAUACUUUCUAAUCCCAGUUAUAAAAACCCCAGAUUGGAAGUUCUCUCCUGUUGUCCUUUGUUCCUCUAUAUAUGUGCACCUCAGUUUCUCUCAUAUCAAUGUGAUAGAAUCCAAACACCACACAGGAAUAUACAGAUCUUUCCUCAUACUGACCAGUUUACACAACCAUUCACCACCAAAGCACCCCCAGUGUUGUUUAUUAAUAUGCCAGUGUUAGGAGUUAUACGUUUGAUUUACAUAGGGGAGGAAUUAAUUACAUUUACAGAAUAAAGGAGUCUUUAUAUGAAUAGAGUGUUAGAUAAUUAUAUAAACAAGAACAUCAGUCUCAAAUGAUUGGCGUCUGGGAGAUAUAUUUAAUGUGCACAUCAUGUGGAUAAACCUUUUCUUAUAGUAAUAGAUGCUUAGCAUUGUACAUGUUAUAUACCAGAGGAAUUACUGAGGGGAAACUGAUUUUAUUUAAUGAGACACAAUAUCAGUAACUGGUACAUACGUGAUCAUAAUCAGUUUAAUUUAAAUGGCUACUAUAACCUACAUGUAUACUGGGUAUGUAAUAUAUGUGUCAUGUGAUCAUAAUCAGUUUAAUUUAAAUGGCUACUAUAACCUACAUGUAUACUGGGUAUGUAAUAUGUGUGUCAUGUGAUCAUAAUCAGUUUAAUUUAAAUGGCUACUAUAACCUACAUGUAUACUGGGUAUGUAAUAUGUGUGUCAUGUGAUCAUAAUCAGUUUAAUUUAAAUGGCUACUAUAACCUACAUGUAUACUGGGUAUGUAAUAUGUGUGUCAUGAGAUCAUAAUCAGUUUAAUUUAAAUGGCUACUAUAACCUACAUGUAUACUGGGUAUGUAAUAUGUGUGUCAUGUGAUCAUAAUCAGUUUAAUUUAAAUGGCUACUAUAACCUACAUGUAUACUGGGUAUGUAAUAUGUGUGUCAUGUGAUCAUAAUCAGUUUAAUUUAAAUGGCUACUAUAACCUACAUGUAUACUGGGUAUGUAAUAUGUGUGUCAUGUGAUCAUAAUCAGUUUAAUUUAAAUGGCUACUAUAACCUACAUGUAUACUGGGUAUGUAAUAUGUGUGUCAUGUUCUGUAACUUGAUAUUAUGUCUGUUAGAUGUUUUCAUGUUAGUUAGAAGCCACAAGAACUGAUAAUAGCACAUACUGUAUAUAUAAAGGGAACAUUAUAUGUCUGAUAAAUCCCUUUGUAUCAAGAGCACAAGUGUUAGGUAUAUUUAUACCAUUGUGUGCAUAUAUCAUGUAAUGCUGCUGUUUACUAUAUAAUGAUAUACAAUGGUUUUUUCAUGCAAAUAAAAAGUGAUUGUAAUCCA